AAUUUUUUUUUCUUCCCUGCCUGCAACUGUUUUGAGAGCGAGUACUUUUGGUUGGCAAAGGACGGAGGGGGAAAAACUCAUCAACAUUUUGGGGCGGCGAUUGGCCUUUUUAAAAGACAAUUGAGUGCAUCACGAUGGAGAAAAUGUCCCGACAGCUCCCCCUGAACCCCACCUUUAUCCCGCCUCCCUACGGCGUGCUCAGGUCCCUGCUGGAGAACCCGCUGAAGCUCCCCCUUCAUCCUGAAGACGCAUUUAGCAAAGAUAAAGACAAAGGAAAGAAGCUGGAUGAUGAGAGCAACAGCCCGACGGUCCCCCAGUCGGCCUUCUUGGGACCCACCUUAUGGGACAAAACCCUUCCCUAUGACGGAGAUACUUUCCAGUUGGAAUACAUGGACCUGGAGGAAUUUCUGUCAGAAAAUGGCAUCCCCCCCAGCCCAUCGCAGCAUGACCACAGCCCUCACCCUUCUGGGUUGCAACCGGCUUCCUCCACUGCACCGUCGGUCAUGGACCUCAGCAGCCGGGCCUCUGCACCCCUCCACCCUGGCAUCCCAUCUCCAAACUGUUUGCAGAACCCUAUCAGACCAGGCCAGCUGUUGCCAGCAAACCGAAAUACACCGAGUCCCAUUGACCCUGAUGCCAUCCAAGUCCCUGUCGGGUAUGAACCAGACCCAGCAGACCUUGCCCUCUCCAGUAUCCCGGGGCAGGAAAUGUUUGACCCUCGCAAACGCAAGUUCUCCGAGGAAGAACUGAAGCCACAGCCCAUGAUUAAGAAAGCCCGCAAAGUCUUCAUUCCUGAUGAUUUGAAGCAGGAUGACAAGUACUGGGCGAGGCGCAGAAAGAACAACAUGGCGGCCAAGCGCUCCCGUGAUGCCCGGCGGCUGAAGGAGAACCAGAUUGCAAUCCGGGCCUCGUUCCUGGAGAAGGAGAACUCGGCCCUCCGCCAGGAGGUGGCUGAUUUAAGGAAGGAGCUGGGCAAAUGCAAGAACAUACUUGCCAAGUACGAGGCCAGGCACGGGCCCCUGUAGGAUGGCAUUUUUGUGGGCUGGCUUUUGAAUAGAUGGACAGCUUGUUUCCUGUCUGGUAGCACCACACCCAAACCAACCUUUCCGACAUCAGCACUUUACCAGAGGCAUAAACGCAACUGACUCAUAUUUCGGUGUGCAUCUGUGUGUAUGUGUACACAAGCUUAGGGUCCCGUGUGUGGUCAGCGGUGUGCAUGUGUGCGUGUGUGUAUUCCUUCCCCACUUGCCACUGAAAGGUAGUCCUCUUGUUGUCUUUUAGUUCCGAACAAGAAAGGUGCCAUGUCUUUAUUAGACUCUGGAGACCCCUGUGGGGUUUCCUCCCCUUCCUUCUCCACUCCGGUCCCUUUCCCUCCUGGCUUCAUGUUCCAGCAGAUUUAACUUUUCCAGGGUCUGAGUGGCUUUAGGAAGCAGGGCCCUGGUAAAGUGGUGGAUCUCAGUUAUCCAGAACAUAAGCUCUUGUUUCUGUUUCAACCAUGAGUUACCACGCUAAAAAGGUGCACAACAAACCCUAGCACUACGCAGCAGCUGAAUUCCUUCAUAGGUUGCCUGCUCUCUCCCUCCUCCCUCCCUCCCGCCUUUUUCUCUCUCCUAUCUUUUCUGGUUUUCCUUUCUGUUUUGGUGAUGAUUGUCUUCACAUUUAAAGUGCUGUUUAGAUUGAGUAGUUCCCGUAUUUACUUACUGCUACCUACUAAGUUUCCUUUUAAUUCUACCAACCCCAGAUAAGUAAGUACCAUUAUAGAACACAGAGUGUGUUUUGCACUGUCUGUACCUAAAGCAAUAAUCCUAGUGUACGAUAGAGCAUGCUGCCUGAGUAUUACUACUAGUGGACGUAGGAAAAUUUCCAUACCUAGGAAUUUCAUUGUCUUUUAAAAAAACAAAACAAACAAAAAAAAAAUCAAAAUUAAAGUAAUGCAUUUGCGCAUGACCAGAAUAUUCUCAGGACAGGGAAGCAGAGGGCAACGGGAAGCCUAAGACUGAGGGGUUGACUUAUCGGUAUGUAAGCCAAAAAAUAACGCAUCUUGGAGAGAAGCCUUUGCCAUGGAUGUGCUUCGUUUUGCUGUCUCCCUCCUCCCACACCCAGCCCACUUCUACUUUUCUUGUAAACUUUUUCCAUUUCCCUCUUGAUACUCAAAACGAUUGAGUUACUUAAGAUUCAGUUCACCCACUUUCUUUUUGUAAUAUGUAUUUUUUGGGGAGGAUAGUUUUCUGUUUUUAGAACUCAGUUAACUAAGUUAAAAAGUUGAUGUUUUUGUAAAGCCCCCUCCCCCCCUGUGGUGUCCUCUUUGAAUGCCUCACAAAUUACUGAUUCUGGAGCCUGCGUUUCUCACCCUCUGUUUGCUUUUGAACAUAUGUGCGCCUAUCAAGUGGACUUCUGAAAAAUGAAUGUAAAAGACACUGGUGUAUCUCAGAAGGGGAUGGUGUUGUCACAAACUGUGGUUUAUCCAAUCAAUUUAAAUGUUUACUAUAGACCAAAAGGAGAGAUUAUUAAAUUGUUUAAUGUUUAUACAGAGUAAUUAUAGGAAGUUCUUUUUUUGUACAGUAUUUUUCAGAUAUAAAUACUGACAAUGUAUUUUGGAAGACAUAUAUUAUAUAUAGAAAAGAGAAAAAAAAGGAAAACUAUUCCAUGUUUUAAAAUUAUAUAGCAAAGAUAUAUAUUCAAUGCUGUUCAGAGGAGUGCGUGGGGGUUUUUGAAGUCUUUAAUAUUUUAAACCUAUUACUGACACAUCAGCAUGUUUUCUGCUUAAAAUUAAAAUUUUAUGACAAUAUUGAGGCUUGCUGUGACGAAUCCUGCUCCAACGCUUUCUUGUUUCUUAUUAGGUCUCAUAAGGAAGUCAGUUAACGUCACCCAAAAGCACAAAAUGGGUUUUAGUCAAAUAUUUAUUGGAUGAUACAGUGUUUUUUUAGGAAAAGCAUCUGCCACAUAAAUGUUCACUUCAAAAUUCUGAGUUGCUGGAUUGGAGUGUUGUUGCCAGGGCCCUAAACGAUUUUGUUCUCUUUUGGCUUGUGCAUCUCAUGCAGUGUAAGGUUGACCUCCUCGGUGCUAUGUGUAUGGCUUAUAAUUUGAUAGAUGUUUUGACUAUAAAGAUGGCUGUUCUUUUGUUUCACUGACUUGUAUAAUGUCGAGAGAAUCUGCUGUUUCUCCAAAGGCACAUUUUGUGCUUGAUUAAAAUCCCCUUUCAUCCAUGGAUGUUUUCCAGUUUUCUGCCUCUGAAUUCUCUGCAGAUCUGGUGGUCCCUUUCCAUUCAUCAGCUACCCUUCUGUCUAGUGUCAGAGUUCUAGAAAAUGAGACUUUUAGGAUUUCUUCCCAGGUACCUGUUUUGUUCCAAGCCAUAGAUAAUAUCGAGAGAUGAGAGAGUAUGAGAUUUCAAUACAUUUUUCAAGUCAACUACCAAUAAAAAAAAAUACUUUGACAAUCUUAAAAGGAACUAAAUAAGAGAUGAUUCAGUAAUAGCCAUGAGAUGACAAAGCAUUGGUCUUUUUGAAGAUAAAGAAGCUAAUUGCAGAACUGUUCAUUGACAGUAUUCAUCAGAGCAAAGAUGAGUAUAUUUAAACUUAAGUAGAGAAGUGUUGAAGUGUUGUAUCGUGGACCAUCCAGAUUCAUGGAACUGUUAAGUGGUAACUGGCAGAAAAGCAUACCUGGUCUUUCUUGGAAUUGUUUGUACCAAAUGAACAUUACAAAUGUUUUCUGCAGAAGACAUAAAAAGAUCAUAAUACAAGUUAUUCUUUUGUAUGCCAGGAAAGGUUUUAGAAACCUACCUCAUUAAAAACAAAACAAAACAACCACAACAACAAUUUGAAGUCUCCACAGGUGCCUUAUAUGUAGUUCAUUGUCACCCCUCCUUCCCCAGGCUGACUUUUGUCUGUCCAUAGACAUUAACUAGAUGAAGCAAUGCUGUUCAAUGUCCCGAGAAGCUAGGACCCGGGGUCAAAUGAUUGCAGCAGAUCACGGCCAUUAGGAAAUUCUGUUUUCAACUCUCACCAUUUCAACCUAGGCAUCUUUCAGUGAUUAUUUGGCCAUGAAAAAAAUGCAUCCAAACUGUAGCAUGUCAGCCAUUUAGACAUAAUUUGGAAUGAGCAGCAUAGCACUUCCUUAUCAGGCCAUGCCAUCUCAUUUUUCAACUAUUAUCAAAGAAAGUAAAAAACAAAACCAAAAAUGAAUCAGUGUGUCUCUCUGCUCAUGCUACCUUGAGAGGAUAGGAGGGCUAUAAAUGAUCAUCUCUGACUCUAGAGGAAGUGGCACUUUGGACCAUUCAUGAACCACACAGGCAUGGCUGGGCUAAGCCUUUGUCUCUAAAUGUAAUGGGCCUCUAAGGAACCAUCUCUCAAAGCACAAGGACUCUGUGUCUGAGAACAUCGUGAUGGAAUCAGUCACUGGGUGAAUGGGAAGCUAUAUUAGAGAACCCUGAGGUUCUUUCUAGCCCAUUAGCUUAGUGUGGGAAUUUACAUUAAUUCUAAAUACACCUUCAAAAUGUCCGCAGCCUUGUUUUUGGAAGAGCUUGGAGGCAGGGUGUAGAUGGCAACUUCCCUCCCACCCAAGGGUGAAGCAACUGCCCUUGUGCAAGUUGGACUCUGAUGUUUCUAAGAGUUCAUCUAUUUUUGUCCUUGUUCCUUUGAGGAAAAACUCCAACUUUGUCAGAGUUAAUUAUGAGAUCCCCAGGCAGUGGCCAACUGGAUUGUAUGUGGCCUGUCCAUAGGCCAGUAUUUAACUUUGAGGUGGGUUCCCUGUAGCUGACUGAGCUGAGGUGUGAUGCCCUCCCUGUGGUAAAUGCCUUCAGCUUUGGUUCUGAAGUUGCUUGUUUCCUGCUGAGGACUCCUGAGUACAUCCCUCUGGUGAAGCUAGAUUCAACCCCACGUGUUUGGCAAAAUCAGUGUCAUUAACAAAUGGACAAAACAUAGGGCUCGACAGAUUGAAAUUUCAGUAACUAUAGCCGAUGCAUUUUUGCCGAAAAAUGUAUGCAAGGUAAUGUGUGUUUAUGUAUGGAUAUUUAAGUGGAGACAUUAAAUCUGUAAAAAUUUUAGCACCUCACCAGACUUAAUAAUUAGCGAUUAUCCUUUUGGCAACACCACACAGACUGCAUCUGUUAAACAGGUUCAAGUUAGCUGGAGGGUAGUGUACCUGUACACCAUGAUGUUGGUGGUACUUAUGCUGUCAAGUCCAAACCUUUAUUUGUUCUUCUAAAUGUUUAAUAAACUGACUUUUUUUCCUUU